UGUUCCCACCGUCUGGGAAUUACAUGCCUGGAGGUUUCGCUUAAAAUAGCAUCAUAAUUAUCAUUGUUAAUAGGGUUCAUUGCAGUCUACAGGUGGUAAAGUUAGACUUGGAAGAAUAUAUCUUCAUGCUUGGGUGGAUAACUUAAGGGGAGGCAUUGUGCAAAUAAAACAAGGGCAUCGCUGAGGAUGCCACUGGCUGAAUCCGACCUCUGCUGUCUCUGAACAAAAGACAGCCCUCCCCCUCAUCCCAGACACGCUCCUCCAGCCGGAGAGGAGCAAAGCCAGCCAGCCAGACACUCAAAGGGGAAGGCAAGGAUGAAAGCAGCAGCGAAUGCAACCACAUCUGUCGCCUCCUAGGAUCGGAGGUGGAGGCUGGGCUGAAUGGAGAAAGGACUUUCCUUUCCCCAGAAUCCACCUUAAAUGUUGUUGGAGCUGAGCAAAAUCUGGCUCUGGGUUUCUCAGUCUCCACCCUGUGGUGCCUGCAGUGAAUUCUCCUCUCUCGGUACAUGCAGGGGCCAAAACCAAAAAAAUCUUCCGUGCCCAAAGCAGCGGUGAGUAGAUGCAAGAUGGGGAAGCAUGGAGGACGAUUUGCUUUAGCAGCAGCAACUAGGUCCGAACUCUGCCUGCUGGAAGGAAUCUCUGUUUUUUAUCAGAUGUGCUUUAUUGGAUAGAUGGACUCUUGUCAGUGACAGGAUUCUGGGAAAAGUGCCGCAUUUGCAAUCAUGGUAAUAAAAUGCAUUCCAGUUAAUAGGUAUGAAAAACAAAACAAAAAUCUGAAGCUGUUGCAGCAGCCCACCCCCAAAUCUCAUAAUUUCACUAUGCUCUGAAUCAGGUCACACUCCUGAAGUGUCAGUACUGGGGGUUGAUGUUUUUCCUUUCCCAUUGGGGGCGUGGGUGUUUAGUUUCAUUGCUGUACAGUACAAUGAAGUGCAAAGCACUGAAUUCUCUAUCUCUCGCAAGGUAGCUUUAUUCUUACCAUUUUACAGGUGCCAAGGGUGGGGGCUGACCUCUGUUGCUCUGGUGGGUUUGACAUGCACCCAGACUGUAUCUCAACAUGCCCUUGUUCAGAGGGUAUCUGGAAGGGGGCAAGUCAGCAGGAUACAAAAUAAUGGAGAGCAGAAGGAAGGAAGGCAGCCUUACCCAGAAAGACCCCAUAAGAACAGAUCUUCAGGGGGCAGAGGAACACUCCCAGGGGAGAACUUUGGAUAGCGGCAAUCAGGAAAGAGACUGCGAGAGCCAGAGCGAGCCAGGGAGGCAGCGGAGGAAAAACACAGCCCUUAGUAGGACGUUUGGUGUAUCGUCCCAGUGCAAGGAAGGCAUUGAAAGGCUGAAGGACCUCCUGGCCCUGCAAAGACCCCUCGCGAGGCCCACCAUCUGCAGUGAGUGUGGCAAGGGCUUUGGCCGCAGUUCGGACCUCGUCAGGCACCAGAUCACCCACACAGGGGAGAAGCCCUACACCUGCGCUGUCUGCAGCAAAGGCUUCAGCCAGAACUCCAACCUGCUGACCCACCAGAGGAUACACACAGGAGAGAAGCCGUACCAAUGCAGGGACUGCAGCAAGCGCUUCAGCGAGAGCUCUGCCCUCAUCCAGCAUCAGAGGACCCACACGGGAGAGAAGCCUUACGCGUGCGUGGAGUGCGGGAAGCGAUUCAGCGUGAGCUCGAACCUAAUCCGUCAUCGGCGCACCCAUACGGACGAGAGGCCUUAUAUCUGCGGGGAGUGCAGGGAGGGUUUCCGGCACAAGUGGCAGCUCAGGAGGCACCAGAAACUGCACGUAGCUUAGCGUUUGGCGUAGGGGCGAGCUACAAAACCAAACCGCAUACUGUGUAAAAGAGGAGGCCGAUAUGUAAAACCGAAAUAGGUUUUUGUAGGGAAUGCUCCCGUGCAUAUUUUCUGAACUCGGAUCUACCUGCAAAAAGAAAGUUAAAGUUGAUCCUUCCAAUUGAAUUUUCCCAACCAUUGCUCUCCUGUACAGAUUUUGGGCUGCAAUCCUAUACACACCAAACUCAGUGGAACUUAGGUCUAAGAAGGCAUGCAAGGAAUUGCACUGCUGACGGGUUUAAGAA